AUGGCCCUUCCCCUCGAAGUGGCACGGUCUUCGAACCAAUCCGACAUUACCGGAACCCGUGUAGCUAAGGCCGAAGUUAUAAAGAUCCUCCGCGUGUUGCGCACACCAAGCAAUGAUAUCCGGACGGUCGGGAUGGUAGAAUUGGGGUCAGGGACCGAAAUCAUACAACCCGUCCCGAGUUGCGAUCGGCACCAGAAACUGAUUGUCUCCGUGUUGCGUCUGGACGCCGAUCAGUCUGAUGAAGAGAUAUGCACCAUCGCAAAGUGCAUAAAAAAAUUGGAGAUACACAAAAACCCGCUGAACAUGGCUGCUAUUAUCACCACAACGAUGUUGCCCGGGUGUCCGCUUCCCAGGCCGCCAUUGUACGGGAUGUAUCCUGUGAAGGAACCAGGCGAUCCGAACGACUUAAUCGGAGGUCGGGUCCUUUCCCGCAAGUGGAUAGAUCUCGAUCUGCCCAAGUUAUGGAAAUCUGCUUGCAACAGUCUUCAUACCGACUUAUGCAAAGGCUUUCCUCAUGAACUUUUGUCUCGCAUAAGGCCGACAUGGCUCGUAGACGUUAAGCGUCAAUGCGUCAUCUCCGCCCCAGAGGAUUGCUCCUACGUCGCCCUUAGUUACGUAUGGGGAAAUCAACCGACACUGAAAGCUACCGUUGGCAAUAUGAGCCAGCUUCAAAGAGUUGGAGCAUUGUUAAGUAUGCCAAUCGCAAAGACAAUACAGGACGCAAUAGGAGUGGUCGAGCUUUUGGAGGAGAGAUAUCUAUGGGUUGAUACUCUUUGCAUUGUUCAAGACAAUGAGUCUGAAAAACACGUUGAGAUGGCGAAAAUGGCAGCGAUUUACGCUAAUUCGGCCAUCACCAUCUUAGCAGUACAAGGGAAGCAUGCUAACAGUGGCCUAAGAGGUUUCCGCGGUAUUUCAGAGGCGAGAAAUCUACACCAAAACUUGCACUGUUUAGAGAAGGAGUCGAGAGUGAUACAGUUUCCCAUCGAACCAGCCCAACUCGAACUUGGAAGCCAUGAGCCUGUUUGGGGAAGCAGAGGAUGGACUUACCAGGAGCAUCUCUUUUCACGGAAAAGGCUCGUAUUCGACGGCGAUUCUGUGCGGUGGGAGUGCGCAGCUGCAAUCUGGCGUGAGCACGUCGAACUGUCCUUGGAUCUCAAGCCACACCACAACGACAUCAUUCGCUGCCAAUCAUUGUUGAAGCCUUCACUCCCCGAUCUUAGAUGGCUCCAGGUGAUUCUACAGGAUUACAACAAAAGAAGCUUCACCUACCCAGAAGACGCUCUGUACGCCUUUGCUGGAAUUGCUUUCUCAACCAGCCAAGCCUUCGCCGGCGGCUUUGUGUCGGGUCUUCCAAUAGCUUUUUUUGAGGUGGCCCUGCUAUGGCAGCCCCACGACAGGAUAUUUCGUAGAGUCUCCCGGGACCCAGAGAAACAGCAUUGCCUCCCUAGCUGGAGUUGGGCUGGUUGGUCUGGAGUCGUUAACUUCGAUACUAAAUCGGCGACGGACUUUACUAGGAAUAGCAAAAGCAUUGAGAAAAGCGUAACGCGAAUCGUGUCGUGGAAUUAUCACGCGACGGUUGACGCACCCGGAAAGCCCAUACAUCCCAGCAUUCUCGCUAAUAAGGAUUUGUGGCUGGCGAAACAGAUCGAAUGUGCCUCUUUGGGUUGGACCAAACACUCAACCGCGGAAGGUCUGGAAUCAUUCUACGAAUCGCCGGAUCCUACAUCUCCUUCCCCAUAUUUCUACAAACACGAAGCAUAUCCCGGUAAUGAAUUCUGGUAUCCCAUCCCACUUGUGCAGCAGGUGAGCUCAAUUCCUAGCAUCCUUGUACCAUAUAUAUCUUGUACGACCCGAAGGGCUUGGCUUUUUCCUGGCGAGGAACUUUCGAAGAAGAAUGGGUACCGUCCAAUACUUUCCCUCCGCAUUGACAGGAAGGUCUGGGCGGGUAUCCUCCAACCUCAUGACAGCCUCGACGCGUCCAACGAGACCCUGCAGGAUCCUACUAGGGCUGUCGAGUUGGUAGAAAUCGCGAGAGGGUUUUGUCGUGACACCACAUCUCCAUGGCCCGGCAUCGAGGAAAUUCGGCACCCAGAGAGGCCCAAGGCCGGUCAAUGGUAUGAAUAUUAUUGGAUCAUGUGGGUGGAAUGGGGUAAUGGCAUAGCUUAUCGUAAGGGGCUUGGCAGGGUCCAGAGGCAGCUCUGGGAGGAGCAGAGGGGAGAGCUAUUUUACUUACUGCUUGGUUGA